AUGCGGAUCGAUGCCUCGAGAUUCGGGAUCCUGGCCUCUUUAGUAGGGUUGGUGGGAGCGGAAGAUAAUGCCUCCCGUACUACUGGUGGAGCUAUGCCGGCCCCGACCGGCGGGACGGGAACGGCGACGAUGGGUUCUUCCCCGAACUCAGUAAUUCAAGUGCAGAAUCUUCCGACGCCCGCCAUUUAUAAGCCGCAAGGGACGGACCAGAUCAUAUAUUUUAGUAAGGGGCAAGGUAUCAGCGAGUUGAACGUUAGUGCUAUAUACCUAAAGCGAUUUAAAGAUAAGAUUACCGUUGCGAUGGGAAAGAUGAGCGGUACAAGUCAGACAGGUACUACGGCAGGUUCUUUCUUGGAUGGGCAACUAGUAGAAAGACAAGACCAGUUCCCACCAAGCUUUUUCCCGGCAACUAAUGAAAGCUUGACUCUUAUGCUUACGGGCGAUCUUACGCUUACCUACGGCGAUAACCUUAUGCAGCCUUUAUACUACGAGAUUCAAUGGGAGAAUACCACAUCUAGUGGUACCAGUUACAGUCCUGUCCUUGCCGUUACCUACAGCGAAGGAUACAGCGAGGCCAGCCGUCUUAUUAAAAACACCGGAAAGGAGUCAGACCCGGCAUUUCAAGAGGACAUCGAGGGAUCUUCGAGUAACCCAGAAAGUUCCGGGGCGUCGACGGUUACGGCAACGCCCGCUGCUGAAACGUCUGCUCAACAGGCUUCAGAGGCGUCUCCCGGUAAUCGAGGGUUAAGUACCGGCGCUAUUAUAGGUAUCGCCGUGGGCUGUGCCGUCAUAGUUAUCAUUAUUGUAGUGGCCUUGGUAUGGUUCUUUUGUCUACGGCGCCGUAACAGCGGCGAACGCGUUGGUGGCACGGACUACACGGCGGCCUCAGGUUCACACGCUAUGAUCGCGGAUAAAGAGGUGGCCAAUAUAUCGGAAUCAUCACCACGCUCAGCAUUCCCGCCUGAUCAUAGCAGACAGUUGCACAACCAACGCGACAGUAUAGUGCGCCCUGACGACUCGUCUUAUGCGCCCUAUUCGGACCGUGCGCCUUCACCGCCGCUGCCUCCCGGAGCGGCGUUUGCUACGAAUAGCCAGUCAGACCUAGCAUCCGCCGGUCGCCCCAGUACGACAACACCUCCGUUCCAGUCCCGCUACGCGCAUCUGAUCGAAGAAGGUAUGACGGAAGAAGAGAUCCGAAGGCUGGAGGAAGAGGAACGGCACCUAGACGCGGCGAUCGAGGACGCAGGACGAAGUAGCCGCACGGCACACCAACCGUGA